AUGGAGCCUCUGGUACACAUCGUACGGCACGGGCAGUCUCUCCACAACGUCGAGCGUGGCUACCCUCACCGCGACCCUCCCUUGACAAGCUCCGGGCAAGAAGCCACGAGGCUCAUCGAGAUCCCCGCAGCACCUGACCUGAUCAUCAUCUCGCCCAUGACCCGCACGAUCCAGACUGCGAUGAACAUGUUCCCUGCCGUCUUCAGCACGACUCCGCUCCCAGUGGACGUGCAGAUCUGGCCCGACCUGCGCGAAACCUACGAGGCCGAGUGCAACAAAGGCCUGUCUCGAGAAGCCAUCUCUGCCAAGUUCCCGCAGCUCGAUUUCGCAGACUGUGCGAGCGAGUGGGAGUAUCCGCCUCACACCAUGGCAGGUGCGACUGCGCGUGCGGAGAGCGUUCGCAGGCGGCUGAAGGAGCUGUCGAAGGAGCAUCGCAAUAUCGUGCUCGUUACGCAUCGAGGGUUCAUCGAGUUUCUCGUCCAGGGGAGUCGCUUUGAUGUCUGCGAGACGCGAGCUUAUCGAUUGGGUACAGAAGAGGAGAGUGCGCGUGUAGAGCAUUCAGCCAUAGUGGAGCCCUUUGACUAUGGACCAACGGUGCUGAUACCCGCCGAUGUGCCACAAGCUGGAGAAGAUUCGAGUGCUCUCUGA